GUGUAAAACUCACUUUAACUGCAUUCCAAAGUUGUGACAGGUGGUUAACAAAAUAUUAAUUUGCCCUACAACCUUCAACAAAAUAUUUAACUUAAAAAUAUAUUCUUUAUUAUAUUUAGUGAUAUAUAUGGAAAAAUCAAUUAGCAGCAUUUGUACUAUGUUACAGUAUUGUUUACCAUAUUUACACACAAGUUUGUCGUACAUUUAAAGUACUUUUUACAAGGAGGUUAGGAAUGUGGAAAGUAGCCCAGAAAAAUACUGGAGGGCACCAUGAGGUGAUACAUCCAGAGACAUGGCAGAAUUCUUGCCACUAUGUGACCUACUCUUCAAUGUAGUCUCCCUUGCGGCAUAUUUCUGUGAUUUAGUUUUUGACAUCCUAGUGGUAUAUGCCUUGUUCCAAAAAGGUAUAUAUGUGCUUUUUUUCCAGUGCUUGGGUGCCAUAAUAUUAAGUACAUUUGUCUCACAAAUUUUAUCUAUGCACUGGUACUUGCAAUGCAAAUCAAGUAAUGGUUGGCAAAAAUUGGUUGUGAUAGUAUUGCAUAUACUACAACUAGGUGUUUUAUGGCGAUAUGCUCGACUUCUUGUACCUGUUCAUUUAUCUAGUGUUAAACGUGAAGUAAGAGACUUAUGUAUAUUGAGACUAAUGCACGGCUUUUUACAAGCUGCUCCCAUGUUGCUGUUACAACUCACUUUGUUACCAGGUGCUGAAGGAGGACCUCAAACUGAUUUAAUCAAAGUGUCAUCUGCUCUUUCACUUUUUUCAAUAUGUUGGGCACUAGCUUCAUUCAGCAAACAUAUACAGAGCAUAGAUCGGCUCGUACUCACUUGGUUGGGUGUGGUAUCACAACUUUUGUGGAGAGGAGGAACCGUAACGGCCCGAGUUCUUGCCCUUUCAGCUUAUGCAGCCAGCUAUAGUUCCUGGGUGUUCUUGGUUUUAGCACUUCAUUGGGCGUGCAUGUUCCUAUGGCUACUUUCCCCCAGAAGUCCUUUUCACGGACAGAGGGGUAGUAAAUUAGGAGUAUGUGCCUUAAUUGCAGCUAUUUAUAUUUUAGCUUACAUUAAUCUUCAAGACAAACCUCAUAGAAUAACAAUGGGGAUAUUUUAUGUCGUUAUGUUAUUAGAAAAUUGUUUAUUAGUAGGUGCAUGGGUAGCAGCGAUAUGGUCUGUUAAACCCCUACAUUGGGAACUGGUGCCCAUUUUUACAGUGUCUUUAUUUGCCGCAGGUAUAAUAUUUAUGCUUGUCUAUUAUAAAUUUUUUCAUGUGAAACGCCUCAUGGAAAAACCUUCUCAACCACCUGGUGUGUUCAACUGUCGUUUUAGUAAUCCGUCUGCAUCUGCUUUAUAUAGAAAAAAGAAGAAACCAACAACAUUCGUACCUCCUCCUGGCUUAGGUCCUGUAAGUGUUCCAUUUUGGAGGCGACCAUUGCCUUCUUCGAGUGAAAAUGAAGGUAGCAGUGUUGGUUCCAGAGUAAAUAUCCACCAGAAACUUCAAGAAAAGAAACAGAAACAAUUAGCAGAAUUGAAAAUAAUUGAAGAAGAAAUCAAGCAAGGUAAAUUGGUGGGUCCCGAAGGAGCAGAAUUUGAUGACAGACAGCCGAUACCACGAGCAAAACGUCAUGUUGAACCCCAAUUAUUAAGUCUAGCUUCUCUGAAUAAUUUGGCAAAUUAUGGGGUGCUGGCGCGCAGACCUCCUCCAAGAGCACCCAGAAGCAGAACUCCUGAACUUCUUCUAGCUCCUCGCUACCUCUACUGCGAAUGCACAAUUCCAGAACCCGAAAUAACGGAAGUGCCAGUGCCACACACAUCGUCUGAUUUAGAGAGCCAAGUUUCACUACCGCGCUCUUAUACUCUCCCUCGAGAAUUUAAAUACUAUAGAAGACAACGAAUGGGAAGACCGAUUCAUCCAAUUCCUUCUACUAAUAGUAGUGAUGGAGAUGUAGAUAGUGGUGAUGAUGAAUCAGAUUGCAAUCCACCUCCUCCUACAGUAGUAAGGCCAUUGAGGAGACAUUUUAGACACGAAACUAAAUUGUAGAUCAUCGUGUAAUUUUGAAGAGGUGUUAUUCGUUUAAAAAGAAGUGAUAUAUUUUGCCCAGAUUGCACGAACGAAUCUGUUGUGAUUGUAAACAUAUUUUUUAGCAGCGUUUUAUACGUCGACGUUCAAAAGUCACAAAAACAAAUUGCAGUCACAUUUUAUUUAGUGUUUGGUUUUGUGGCUUUUUUUCGCUUACGUACUUAUUAUAUUUUUAUUAAAUUUUAUAUAUGAUAAACUUUUUGAUACACGUUUUAUUGUAUUUUGUAUUAUUUAUUUGAUUUUGUAAAGCUAAUAUACUUUUAUAAAUAUAUUUUAUAAGUAAAAA